UUGUAGAUCGUAUUAAAGCGCAGCAUGUAAUCCCGCCACUGUUCCCUGCUAGUUGAAGUUGUCUUUGCACUCCAGGGUCUUGUGGGUCGGUUGAAGGGCUUCGGAGCAGGAAAAUAGAAACCUGAACCUCCACAAUGGCAGCAAUUCUCCUCCGGUCGCUAUUGAAUAAGAAGGCCCCCAUUCAGCUGGGUCGUGUGUGCUACUCCUCCUCCUCCGUGCCCACCACCAAGCUGUUCAUCGAUGGCAAGUUUGUUGAGUCCAACACAUCUGAAUGGCUUGACAUUCACAACCCUGCCACUAAUGAGGUGGUGGGACGUGUUCCCAAAGCUACCCAGGAGGAGAUGCUGGCAGCUGCGGACUCCUGUUCCAGAGCCUUCCAGUCCUGGUCUGAGACCUCCAUCCUCAGCAGGCAGCAGAUCUUCCUGCGCUACCAGCAGCUCAUCAAGGACAACAUUAAAGAACUGGCUAAAAUGAUCACCUUGGAGCAGGGCAAAACUCUUGCUGAUGCAGAGGGAGAUGUGUUUAGAGGACUGCAGGUGGUUGAGCACUCCUGCAGCAUUACAUCCCUCAUGCUGGGGGAAACCUUGCCCUCCAUCACCAAAGACAUGGACACUUACACCUACCGCAUGCCCAUCGGCGUGUGUGCCGGCAUCGCCCCUUUUAACUUCCCUGCCAUGAUUCCUCUGUGGAUGUUCCCCAUUGGCAUGGUGUGUGGCAACACCUACCUGAUGAAGCCCUCUGAGCGGGUCCCAGGAUGCACCAUGCUCUUGGCUAAAAUGCUUCAAGAUUCAGGGGCACCAGAUGGUACACUCAACAUCAUCCACGGCCAGCAUGCAGCGGUGAACUUCAUCUGUGACCAUCCAGCCAUCAAAGCUAUUAGCUUUGUGGGCUCCAACCAGGCUGGAGAGUACAUCUACGAGCGGGGAUCCAAGAAUGGCAAGAGAGUGCAGUCCAACAUGGGUGCCAAAAACCAUGGUGUGGUGAUGCCUGAUGCCAACAAAGAGAACACUAUCAACCAGCUGGUGGGUGCUGCCUUCGGAGCAGCUGGCCAGCGCUGUAUGGCUCUGUCCACUGCUAUUUUUGUAGGGGAGUCUCGUGAAUGGCUCCCGGAGCUGGUGGAGCGCUCCAAAUCACUGCGAGUUAAUGCAGGCGAUCAGCCCGGUGCAGAUGUGGGUCCCCUUAUCUCCCCUGAAGCCAAGACCAGGGUGGAGUCUUUGAUCCAGAGUGGUGUGGAAGAGGGGGCCAAGCUGCUUCUAGAUGGGAGACAUGUCAACGUUAAAGGAUAUGAAAAUGGAAACUUUGUAGGACCCACCAUCCUGGGCAAUGUUACGACGGACAUGACGUGUUACAAAGAGGAGAUCUUUGGACCGGUGCUUGUCGUUCUGGAGGCUGACAGUCUCGACGAAGCCAUUUCUUUGAUCAACAAUAAUCCCUACGGCAACGGCACUGCCAUUUUCACCACCAAUGGAGCCACAGCACGCAAAUACACACAUGAGGUGGAUGUUGGCCAGAUUGGAGUGAAUGUGCCCAUCCCUGUCCCGCUCCCCAUGUUCUCCUUCACUGGCUCCAGAGGUUCAUUCAGAGGAGACACCAACUUCUAUGGCAAGCAGGGCAUCCAGUUUUAUACUCAGAUCAAGACAGUGACAUCACAGUGGAAGGCUGAGGAUGCCACUGUGACGAGCCCAGCUGUUACCAUGCCAACCAUGGGACGCUAAGCUAAAUUGACAGUGCAUCCAUCACAACCUUCACUGACUUCUCAUAUGCCUUAAACCCAAGGAGGUAAUUGGGGGGGGGUUACAUGUCCUUGUUACUAUUGAGAAAUAACACUGGGGAUCAAGGGUUGGUGAUUGUUUGAACUGUGAAAAUCCUGGACACUGUCGUUGCAUAAACACAUUGAUGCAAAUGACGCUGCAUUUGGAGACGGGGGAGUUGGGAUUGGACUGAUGCAAUGAAUGGUGCUGUGAGUCUCUUUAUAGGUUUGUUGUAUUUUUGUACCUGUACCUGUUCAUGAUCAUUUUCAUGAUCCUUUAUGUGCUCUGGUAUUACAUUUCUUAAAACAUAAAGGAGAAAUCAAAAUGAUCAGGGAUUCUACCACUGAGCAGUGUCUUCCACCAAUAUCCUCUAUGGUUCUGUGGCUUGUUCUGUGUAUCUGUGCACUUGGUAGAUUGUUAAAAAGUAGAUAUAAAUGGAACAUGUUACAUUAGAACAAGGACACAUUCACUCCAUUACUCCACUUAAGCUGAAAUAAUGUCUGCUGCUCAUGUCCUCUAGAUGUAGAUCCUACUAUAUAAUGUCCUGUUGUGGGAUUAGUGUUUGUGUGUCAGAGGUUCACAGUUCUAUACUGAAGUGUCGCAGUAAUACUGUUUUUUUUCUUUCUGAUCAUGAAUGGAAUAGAAGUUAGAUUGCAGUGUUUUACAUGUCAUGAACUUGAAAUUAUAUUCUUCAAAAACCAUCAUAAAUUCCCAGAUGAAACAGAUUUACAGUAUGUACAUCUUUUCAUCCAAAGUAUUUGAACUACUUCAAAGUUUGUCCCCUUGACUCCUCUUGAGUCUUGUUGCUGAACAUUAAGAGAUAAAAAAAAAAGAAGGGUAUUCAAGUCUGUCAUUAACUUUUUGAAUAAAGACACUGUAAUUUAGUUCAAUUGAAUUGUAAUUAGUUUUAUUAAAAUGGUUCUCUGGA